GAAGCCCAGCCACCCCCUCGCUGCGGAGGAGCUGACACAGCAGGAUGGCCAGCCGGAAAGCCGGGACCCGAAGCAAAGCUGCCGCCAAGCGCGCCCAGAGGGGCUCCUCCAACGUCUUCUCCAUGUUCGAGCAGUCUCAGAUCCAGGAGUUCAAGGAGGCAUUCAGCUGCAUUGACCAGAACCGUGACGGCAUUAUCACGAAAUCAGACCUGAAGGAGACCUACUCCCAGCUUGGGAAAUUGAACAUGAAGGAUGAGGAGCUGGAUGAGAUGCUGAAGGAAGGGAAGGGCCCCAUCAACUUCACCGUCUUCCUCGCACUCUUUGGGGAGAAGCUGAAUGGCACCGACCCGGAGGAAUCCAUCCUCAACGCUUUCAAACUCUUCGACCCCAGCGGAACCGGCCAUGUGAACAAGGACGAGUUUAAGCAGCUCCUGCUGACCCAGGCAGACAAGUUCACCCCGGAGGAGGUGGAGCAGAUGUUUGCGGUGACGCCCAUCGACGUGGCGGGAAACAUCGAUUACAAAUCCCUCUGUUACAUCAUCACCCACGGCGACGAGAAGGAGGACUGACGGGUGAUGCGGCCAGUCGGCAUGUGCCCCACGCCUAGCCCCAUUGAAAUAAAAACCCGAGCCCAUCAAA